AUGACCGCUGCUAAGAGAGAUUACCGUACUGCUUUAGAGUACCUAGAAACUUUCGAAAAGAAAGAUGGUUUAUCUGUCGCUGAAUUAAUGGAUUCCACCAUCAGAGGUGGUUUGACUUACAACGAUUUCUUAGUCUUACCAGGUUUCGUCAACUUCCCAUCUUCCGAAGUUGAUUUAACCACUAAAUUAACUAAGAAGAUCUCUUUAAACACUCCAUUCGUUUCUUCUCCUAUGGACACUGUUACUGAAUCUGAAAUGGCUAUCCAUAUGGCUUUAUUAGGUGGUAUCGGUAUCAUCCAUCAUAACUGUACUCCAGAAGCUCAAGCUGCAAUGGUUAAGAGAGUUAAAACCUAUGAAAACGGUUUCAUUAACUCUCCAGUCGUCAUUUCUCCAGAAACUACUGUCGCUGAAGUUAAAGCUAUGAAGGAACAACACGGUUUCUCCGGUUUCCCAGUUACUGAAGGUGGCAAAUUCCCAGGUAAACUUUUAGGUUUAGUCACUUCUCGUGAUGUCCAAUUUUUGGAAGACGACUCCGUCAAAGUCACUGAAGUCAUGACUGCUAAUCCAAUUACCGCUAAGCACGGUAUUACCUUAUCUGAAGGUAACAAGAUUUUAAAGGACACUAAGAAGGGUAAAUUGUUACUUGUUGAUGACAAGAACAACUUAGUUUCUAUGAUUUCAAGAACUGAUUUAAUGAAAAAUCAAAACUACCCAUUAGCUUCUAAGUCUGCCUCUACCAAGCAACUUUUAUGUGGUGCUUCUAUUGGUACUAUCGACGCUGACAGGGAAAGAUUAGCUUUAUUAGUUGAAGCUGGUCUUGAUGUUGUCGUCCUAGAUUCUUCCCAAGGUAACUCCAUUUUCCAAAUUAACAUGUUGAAAUGGGUUAAACAAACUUACCCAAACCUAGAAGUUAUUGCUGGUAACGUCGCUACUAGAGAACAGGCCGCUAACUUAAUCGUUAACGGUUGUGACGCUUUAAGAAUUGGUAUGGGUACUGGUUCUAUUUGUAUCACUCAAGAAGUUAUGGCCUGUGGUAGACCACAAGCUACCGCUGUUUACAACGUCUGUAAAUUCGCUAAGGAAUUCGGUGUUCCAUGUAUGGCUGAUGGUGGUAUUCACAACAUUGGUCACAUCACUAAGGCUUUAGCUUUAGGUGCCUCUACUGUUAUGAUGGGUGGUCUCUUAGCUGGUACUACUGAAUCUCCAGGUGAAUUCUUUUUCAGAGAUGGAAAGAGAUUAAAGGUCUACCGUGGUAUGGGUUCCGUUGAUGCUAUGCAAUCCACUGGUAAGAAGGGUAACGCUUCUACUUCUCGUUAUUUCUCUGAAUCUGAUAAACUUUUGGUCGCCCAAGGUGUUUCUGGUGCCGUCGUCGACAAAGGUUCUAUCACCAAAUUCAUUCCAUAUCUAUACAGCGGUCUACAACAUUCUUGUCAAGAUAUUGGUGUUAAGAGCAUAACUUCCUUAAGAGAAGAUUCCGCUAAGGGUGAAGUCAGAUUUGAAUUCAGAACUGCUUCUGCUCAAUUAGAAGGUGGUGUUCACAACUUACAUUCUUACGAAAAACGUUUACACAAUUAA